AUGCUAGUAGGCGGAAAUCUUACGUUUGAGAAGUCUCCACUGCUCUAUUUCUAUCCAUCAUCUCGGACAACAAAGGGCCGUGCGAUGCGGUCAAAGAAUGGUAUUCGUCCAGGACAGCAGCUUGCCUCAAUGCCAGUACCGACGUCAACAUGUGGUGCCCCGGACCAUGCUACCUCGCCACAGAGCAGGCGGUCGUUGCGACAAUGUUAUUUCCAGAGAACCCCUACGUCAACGCUAUCCGCAUCCCUCGCUGCCGCUACGUGA